GGUGAUUGGUGAAGGAGGCAUUGUAGUGCCGCCGUGAUCAAGCUCGCCCUGCAUCGAACUUUGACUAUAUAGAUAUACUACGUAUAUGGACUGCUAACCCUUAUCAAAGUGUAAAAUGUAAACAUAAAAGUCCACGCAACAAAAUCGACGGUUCUAGUCGAAGAUUACAUGCAAUUGUAUGCGAGGAUGACGCGAGGUGACGCGCGCAUCCAAGGUUCCGUACUGUGAGAGCCAAUGAGCAACGUUUUCAGGCAACGAACACCGCGUUUCAUUGAGUGGACUUUGAAAAUCUGGCUUACACGAUUUCUCCAUAUAACCAACGUUAAAUUGAUAAGAAUCAGCAGUCCAUAUACGUAGUAUAUCUAUAUAGUCAAUGGCAUCGAAUGUAAAUAUGUAAACAGAAGAUGAUCUGAAUUCUGAACCAUAUCUGAACUGUAUACUCAACUGAAAAAAUAUUUAUAAGACACCCAACAUCUAUCAUCUAUGAUGAACGAAGGAAUGUGACUAGUCAUUAGUUUUCCAAUAUGAAUAUCUUCGACGCUACUCGAGAAGGAGACUUGGUCCGGUGUCAAGAACUGGUCGAAGCAGGCACCGAUGUGAAUACUCGCGACGAUGACUCUGCAACGUUAAUGCAUUGGGCAGCGAUUAACAAUCGGCUGGAAAUAAUGAAGUAUUAUAUCUCCAAAGGGAUCCGACUCGAUGAACCAGGAGGUGUACUGCAAGCUACUCCUUUGCAUUGGGCUAUUAGGGACGGUCGCCUGAUGGCUGUUGUUUUACUCGUACAAAAUGGAGCUGAUCCCACAUUUGUAGAUUCUGAAGGUUUAGCUUGUAUCCAUGUAGCGGCUCGGUUCGGCCAUACACAUAUUAUAGCUUACUUAGUUGCCACAGGAGUUGAUAUCAAUGUAAUCGAUAGUACUGGUCUCACUGCUUUGAUGCAUUGUGCUUUGAAACAUAUGAGUUUGGAUCCGGCACGUUUGUUGAUUAAAUUCGGAGCUGCUACUUCUACUCAAGAAUUUUACGGUGGCAAUACCGCUAUGCAUUGUGCGAUCCAUAGUAAAAAUCGUGUCGUCGUUAAUUUACUCAUCAACUCCGGCGCUAGUCUAGAUAUUCCAAAUAACAAGAAUGAAACUGCGUUUCAAUUAUUGUGGGAUUGUCGAAGUGCUCCUUGGUACGACAUGUGUAUAUUGAAAAAAUUGAAAGAAAUCAACGGAUAUGAUAAAAAUUUACCUUUACUCGAAAGAAUUAAAACCAACGAUAAAAUUAAAUACUGGUGCACUAUGGCGAUGCCAGCAGUAUUUUACUAUUUUAUUGGAGUAAUAUUAAAAACCAGUCUAGUUUACGUAUCAAAACUCUUUAUCAUAAUUACCGUUAUAUUUUUAUUUUUUCUAUCAAGACGAGUUCUCUUCACUCGGAAUUUUUUGUUGGAUUUUCCUCUAGCUGUAUAUUUAGCGACUAAGUUUUGGCUUUACGUUACGUGGUUUUUGUGGAUCGCUCCGAGAGUCAGCUUUUUACUAUCGCUUACCUUUGUCUCAAUAUCGGGCAUAUUGUGCUAUAAUUUUUACAAGUCGUGGAAAAGUGAUCCCGGAUACGUAAUUACUAGUCGAGAGGAGAAAUUUGUUACUGUAAUUGAAUUAGCUGAGAAAGGAAUGCUAGAACCGAGAUUUUUCUGUUGCACGUGUCUUGUGAGAAAACCAGUACGUUCAAAACAUUGCUCAUAUUGUGAUUGCUGCGUUGCUAAAUUCGAUCAUCACUGUCCAUGGGUUGGAAAUUGUAUUGGUGCGAACAAUCAUCGGUAUUUUGUCGGAUAUCUAUUGAUGAUAUUGAUUAUCAGUAUUGUAUACAUUGCUGGAGUCGUUGAGUAUUGGAACGAAGUGUGUACCGGAAAGUACCCAUCGAAAUCGGCAAACGAUACCGAUAUGCCAAUUAUUCUCUUUUCAAACAUGGUGUGCGAUCCUUGGGUUUCUUGGGCAUUGGUCAACGUUAUGAUUCAUACCAUUUGGGUUAUACCAUUAUUCGCUUGUCAGUUGUAUCAAAUAUCCUAUUUAGCUAUGACGACCAACGAACGUAUGAAUCUAUAUCGCUAUAAACAUUUUCAAGAUCCUAAAACUGGUGAAAUUAGAAGUCCAUUUAAUCGUGGAAGAAUUCAAAACCUAGUUGACUUUUCGCGUAUUCGAAUCCCCGGAUGUAAUCCUCCCGAUAAGAAGGACUGGAGAAAAGUAUUCACAUUAGAAUGCAACGAAAGUAACUCGUUCUUUGUUAAUCCUCAUCCUCAUCCUCAAUACGUAUGAUGAUGUAUUUUGUUCAGUAUUUUCAUGAUCUAAUUAUUCGUGUUUUUGUUUUUUUUUUUUUUUUUUUCUAAUAUUUUUGUUAUUUAUUUAUACCUGAUUUUUUUCAUCCGUGUUAAUACAGAGAGAUACUCGUUGAACCGUACAUCGUUAUUAUGCGCCGUUACCUUUAUUCUAAGUACAUAGUAGUUCAACGAGUAUUUUUCGGUCGAUUUCGUUUUUUUGACUGAGCUUAAUACGUUACGUUCGAAAUUUAAUUUUGAUCGAGGUUGUACGUAAAUUUAAAGGGUUGCCAAAAACCCAUUGAAUGUUUGUUUUUAAUUUUCUUUUACGCUUAUUUUAUUUUCAUGUGUGUUUUCUUUUCUUUCAACUUGAAAAAAAAAAACAAAAAAAACGCUUCGAGUAUUCGAGACAUUGUGGAUACAUUGUUCAAGGCUUUUCAACAUAUCAGAAGUUCUUACGUCUUCCGCAGUCCCAAUGAAAAGGGUGUUUCGAAUGCUCUAUACUAGCAUUUAUAUUACAACGUAUUUUGACAUUUUUUUCUCUCUAUAUAAUUCUACACAUUAUAAUCCGAUGCACGAUUUUUGUUGAUUUUUUUACGUUUGUUGUCGCUUGGAAUUUCUAUGUUUUUCAAUCAUGUUUGUUAUAUAUUUUUAAUAUUUACGUUUUAAUUCAUUUUAAUCUUGUGCAUGAUUGUUUUUUUCAAAUUAAGGUAAUAAUUUUACGUGUAAUUAUUUUUCCGUUUGAAUUUUUUCAUUUGUUUAUAUUAUAACGAACAAUCUGAUGUAUUAAAAUUUAAUUUCAACUUGA